UCCAACACUGUUCAAAAGUGCAAUCAAAAAAUAUACCUACGCUUUGUUUACUUCCCGACCUACCAUGAAAAAGUUAUAAAUAAUAAAGAUGACGCUGGCACACCGCGCACUCUUCACCUGGUUCAUUGUGCUGGUCUUCCUGAUCCUGCUGUGCCUGCGGCUGGACCCGCGCACCACCUGGAAUUGGUUCGUCACCUUCACGCCGCUCUGGUUCUUCGAUGUGAUCAUCAUAAUCUACGUGAUCAUCAAGUUCAUCCGCAAGUGGCGGAAUCUGACCUGCCUGACGGACCUGCUGUUCCUCUACAAGUGGAACAUUGCCGGCGUCCUGCUGACCAUCUCCUCGCAGGUGAUGAUCUGCCUGACGCUGGAGUACCCGCAGCAGAUUCCCAUCUACGUGACCAUUGCCCCGGUGGUCCUGCUGCUGAGCACCGCCAUCUUCUACGUGGGCAGCCGGCUGGGCAAGCGAGAGGGCUGGAUUCAGUAGGAUUAAGCAUGUAUUUAAGCAGUAGGAUUAGGUGUACAUAAAGUGGAGUUAGCUCA